GGAAUUCUUUCGCCUCUUUCUCGAACCCUGCUUUCAAUUCCUCUCGAUCGAUCUAUUCGCGAAGCUCGUGUUCUUCCUUCUUUUCUUGGUUAGGUUUUUAAUCGCAGUUGCUGCUGAAAACUAGUCUUCAAUGGGCACCGCCGGCGGCGUGGUGAUCACCGUUGCGGGGCCCGGGAAGGUCGAGUCUGUCUUCCGCAGGAGCUCUCCCUCUCGGUCGUCGUCUGCAUCUUGGAGUUCGGCUGGAUUGUAUCGGGUCCGUCCCAGAGGCCCCGCGUAUAGUGGGAGCCCCAGGGUUGUUCUCCGGAGGAGCCCACGCUGCGAGGUGAAGGCGGAUCUCGAGGAGAAGUCGGCAGCGGCCGCCAGCGUCUCGGCCCUUGAGCAAUUCAAGAUUUCUGCAGACCGAUAUAUGAAGGAGAGGAGCAGCAUAGCUGUGAUAGGUCUGAGUGUUCAUACGGCUCCUGUCGAGAUGCGUGAAAAACUUGCUGUGCCAGAGGCCCAGUGGCCUCGUGCUAUUGGUGAAUUAUGCAGCCUGAAUCAUAUAGAAGAAGCUGCAGUUCUCAGUACAUGCAACAGAAUGGAAAUAUAUGUAGUUGCUUUGUCUUGGAAUCGUGGAAUCAGAGAAGUGAUGGAGUGGAUGGCAAAGACAAGUGGGAUUCCGGUAUCAGAGCUCCGACAACAUCUUUUUGUGCUCCGUGAUAGUGAUGCCACAAGGCAUCUGUUUGAAGUGUCGGCAGGUCUUGACUCUCUUGUCUUGGGAGAAGGACAGAUUCUCGCUCAAGUUAAACAAGUUGUAAGGAUCGGGCAAGGCAGUGGAGGAUUGGGAAAGAAUAUUGACAGGAUGUUUAAGGAUGCAAUUACUGCUGGAAAACGAGUUCGCAGUGAGACCAACAUAGCAUCUGGUGCGGUCUCUGUAAGCUCAGCUGCAGUUGAGUUGGCUCUUAUGAAACUCCCAAAGUCCCAUUCUACAUCUGCUCGAAUGCUGGUGAUUGGAGCCGGCAAGAUGGGGAAGCUAGUGAUCAAACAUCUAGCUGCCAAAGGAUGCAAAAAGGUUGUGGUCGUUAACAGGUCAGUGGAGAGGGUAGAUGCUAUCCGUGAAGAACUGAAGGAUAUUGAAAUUAUCUACAGACCUUUCUCAGAAAUGCUCUCCUCUUCUGCUGAGGCAGAUGUUAUUUUCACAAGCACAGCAUCUGAGACACCACUAUUCUUGAAAGAGCAUGUUGAAGCUCUUCCUCCUGUGGGCUACGAAGUUGGGAGCAUAAGACUUUUUGUGGAUAUUUCAGUGCCUAGGAACGUAGGAUCCUGUGCUGCAAAUCUUGAACAUGCUCGAGUGUACAAUGUCGACGACCUCAAGGAGGUUGUGGAAGCCAACAAGGAAGAUCGGCUGAGGAAGGCAAUGGAAGCUCAAUCAAUAAUUACGCAGGAACUGAAACGGUUUGAGGCAUGGAGGGACUCUCUGGAGACCGUCCCUACCAUCAAGAAGUUGAGGUCCUAUGCUGAUAGAAUUCGGGUUUCGGAGCUUGAGAAGUGUUUUCAGAAGAUAGGCGAUGAUGCAUUAACAAAGAAAAUGAGAAAAGCUAUUGAAGACCUCAGCAGUGGUAUAGUAAACAAGCUUCUUCAUGGCCCACUGCAGCACUUGAGAUGUGAUGGCACCGAUAGCCGGACUCUGGAUGAGACCCUUGAAAAUAUGCAUGCACUCAAUAGGAUGUUCAGUCUGGACACUGAGAAAGCCAUUUUGGAACAAAAGAUCAAGGCCAAAGUGGAGAAAACUCAAAGUUAAGCUUAUUCAGGAACCUCAUGGGACAACAAAAGUCAGACAUCUUUCUGAAUUUUUUGUUUCCAGACUGCACAUAAUACACACCCCCAAUCCUUCAUUUCCAUUGUUCUUCGAUAAGAGUGAGUUUAUCUAAAUUAUGGAAUUGUGGCCUCCCUGUAUCAUUUACUUAAGAGAGAGAUGAUAGAUGCUUUAGGCUUUUAAACAAUGCAAGCAUUGUAGGAUGGCUAUCUUCUUAUUUGAUUGGUACAUUUGAGUACAUUGAUUUUUUUGUUUUUGAAUUAUUCCAGAGUCUGCUUUUUAA